GAUAUUCUCCGGAAUAUCGAGAAGUGGCGUGCAUAUAUCCUUCGCGACGAAAAGGAUUGAUAAAACAAUUCCAUCUCUCUCCGUCUUCAAGCCGAAUCACAAUGCCAGCUAGUCGCGAGACGAUUUGCCAAGAAGAUAACUGAGAGUACGACUGAGUGAGCGAGUGAUCGAUUGAAUGAGCGAUUGAAGGAGAAAGAGCACGAAGGGCGAUUAAAAAUAUAGAGAAGCGUCCCCGAGAAAAAAAUGCAGGCCGUCGAAGAACGAUGCACGUCGGCAAUAACAACAGCUAGUGGUCGCGGUUGAUCGAUACUCGAUCGAUUGCAAUUGGAUUCUGCUGGGCAUGGUGGGGGAGUCUAUUUGAGGCGUCGCGACGCCGUGGUGCAAUGAUCAGAAUCAGUCGGUAGGUCGUAUCACGGCGAGAGGUGAAGAAAAGAGUGCCGAUCGUCAGAGAGAACGAAAAGAAAUCUUCGGCCAAGCAGCGAGCUUGUUCUGUAUGCUGAUCGCGUACUGGAAACGUUUCUUCGAGCUUUCACGGAUCGAAGGAGUGGCGUUAAGGUGACCGGAAGUUUCUCCCUUCGCCUGGUAGAAUGGCAGCGGACGACCCCCUCCGCAAUGAGCCUCUACUUUCCGUUGAAUUCGAGGUCUUUGGCAAGGUGCAGGGUGUCUACUUUCCAAAAUACGUGAGGGACAUAUGCCAGGAGCUGGGAAUCUGCGGCUGGGUGAAGAACACCAAGUCCGGCACGAUACUUGGAAAAAUGCAGGGACCACGUGCACUCGUCGAUCAAAUGACACAAUGGCUAACAAAUGUUGGAAGUCCAGGUAGUAAGAUUGAUCGCUGUGAAUUUUCAAAUUGGGAAGGCAUUACUAGGCUGCAAUAUAAAGGAUUUGCUAUACGUUUUUAAUUGAACUUUAAUGUUAUUGAUUUCUUCGAAAAUCGAUAAGAUUUGUCUUAAAGACACGACAAAUAAUACCAGUAUACUUUUUUGAACAGUUAAAUGAUUUCUAUAAGCAAUAGUAUAUGUAAAUUACAAAUUAUUAAUUUAAAUAAUCGUAAAAUGUAAUAAAUAAGGAAAUUGAACAUCUUAAUAUUUCAUUUUUAAUGAAAAGCGAAGUAAGUAACAAAAUAUAGAGUUAUAGAAUAUUUUUUCUUUAAUUCAUUAUAUGUGACAUAUAAACAUACACACACAUUUAUGUCACAGUUCGUUGUGAUCAACUGUUUCAAGUAUCUCUGAUAUGAUGGAUUUUAAUGAUAUAUGUCAAAUAUAUUUUAUAUUCAGAUUCAAUACAAUGAAUUAAAAACAGAAAGCACAAAUAAAUUUAUUAAACUUAUUCCCUAUAACAAUUUAGUUUUACUUAAAUGUCUGAAUAUCAUGUUGUUCCUUCGUAAAUAAAGACCGCGUCUAACAACAAUUGCGCGAGAUGAUAAUUAGAAUGUGUUUCAGGCAAAUGUCUUGAAAUUCGUCGUAUCAAUUCAAUAGUGUCAUCAUUUGAACAAUUUGUAUAAAUUAUAUCCGGCACAUCCUAAAAAUAGUAAUCUCAUUUGAUACUAAAAAUAAAAAUAAAACAUUCGAAAUAAAUUUUAUAAUAUGUAAAACUUACGAGACUUUCUAAAUAUUUAGUAAGAGCAGGACUUAUCCGAGAAACUUCCUCUAAGACAUCAGGCGAUUUUGAAAGAUAUGCCAUCAUUCUUCUUCCAGCAAUUGGCAAAAGAUUUUCUGCUAAUUUUUCAACAUCAUUUACGGCAGUAACAACCUGUGUUACAAUAUCAAAUAUAUAUUUCUUACUUUGCAAAAUUAAAUAUAUUAAAUUGUAAUU